UUCAUGAAUAUCAGCUGAUGGGGCACAUGAAGCAAGUCCCCGAGGAGAACGACAGUGAAGCACCAGUCUACUACUUGCCGCAUCAUGCGGUGUUGCGUCCUGACAGCACGACCACAAAACUUCGUGUUGUCUUUGAUGCCUCGUGCCGCACAUCAACGGGAGUGUCGCUCAACGACGCAUUAAUGGUGGGCCCUGUGGUCCAGGAUCCUCUUCUGGCGAUUCUACUACGGUUUCGCCUCCAUCGAAUAGCGGUAGUGUCGGAUGUGGCGAAAAUGUACCGGAUGGUGCUCACUCAACCGACCGAUCAUCCUCUCCACAAAAUUGUGUGGCGUGAUUCGAAAGACCAACCCCUGAAAUUCUUCGAACUCACCACUGUCACAUACGGAACGGCUAGCGCGCCGUAUUUAGCGACAAGAUGCCUCAAGAAGCUGGGCGAAGAUUGUGCAGCCACGCAUCCAGUGGCAUCUGAAGUGAUCCAGCAUGACUUUUACGUCGACGAUAUGCUGUCGGGCGCCGAUAGCGUCGAGGAAGCCAAAACGUUGGUGAAGCAAGUCAAGGACGUGUCGGACUCGGCGGGAUUCAGUCUCCGGAAAUGGAAUUCAAACUCAAGCGAAGUUCUCCGUAGCAUCCCGAAGCACCUGCGAGAUGAUCGCUCCAUGCUUGAGCUUGAUUCGUCCAAUGCAACAGUGAAAACACUGGGACUACGGUGGAAUGUGAGCUCCGACGAAUUCCACUUUUCCUUUCCUCAAUGGAAGUCCAAUUCCUCGACCAUCACCAAGCGAAGCAUACACUCCGACGCAGCGUGCCUGUUCGAUCCGUUAGGACUAGUCGGUCCGGUUGUUGUGCAGGCGAAAAUCUUCAUUCAGCAGCUGUGGCGGCUGAAAUGCGGCUGGGAUGACCCACUGGAUGAGUCGAUACAGGAAAUGUGGAGAGAAUAUCGGCAGAACUUGAUGGCACUCGAAACGCUUACUAUUCCCCGCUGGGUUGGACUCAGCAACGAUUGCGUUUCCGUUCAACUGCACGGAUUCAGCGAUGCGUCAACAGUAGCGUACGGAGCGUGUCUCUAUCUUCGUUGCGUUGCUUCAGACGGGUCCGUUACUGUGCGGUUAAUCACAUCGAAGUCUCGAGUGGCUCCUCUUGAGAAUCUGGAGCAAAAGAAGAAGAAAAUGACAAUUCCCCGGCUCGAGCUGUCGGCUGCACUCCUGUUAAGUCACCUCUACGAGAAGUUCGUCCAAGUCAAGGCUGUACCUACUGCGUUUUUCUGGACGGAUUCCACAAUUGUUAAUCACUGGCUCGGAUCUCCUCCGUCUCGUUGGCAAGUGUUCGUUGCCAACCGAGUAUCGGAGAUACAACAUCUCACCCAAGGCGGAACGUGGAGCCACAUAGCGGGAAUCGAGAAUCCUGCGGACCUCAUUUCUCGUGGGAUGUCGCCAGCCCAACUCCAAUACGAAAGGCGCUGGUUCGAAGGUCCCCAGUGGUUAUUGCAGGAUCAAUGCUAUUGGCCUCAAACGAGCCAAAUCUCCGAAGUUCCAGAAGACGUCACGCUUCUGGAAGAGCGUGCAUCUCAAGCGUUUCCCGCACAGGGAGUUCCUCCGAAUGAGCUGUUUGGACUACGAUGGUCGUACCAGGAGCUGCAGCGCAUUGUAGCCCUUCUGAUCCGCUUCAAGCACAAUACUACAAAUCGAAGUUCGAAGCGAACUGGACCUGUCUCAUUGGAAGAAUUAGAGGAAGCACUGAUCGUCCUAGUGCGUCAAGCUCAACAAGACAGCUUUCCGGAAGAAAUGGCAGAUCUUGGAAAACAAGGAGAGGUGAAAUCAUCGUCCAGGAUCAGAUCGUUGUACCCUGUAUUGAAGGCAGGCAUCAUAUGCGUCGGUGGUCGUCUUGCCAAUGCGCCAGUGCCCGAAACUCGAAAGCAUCCGUUCAUUUUGGAUCAUCGUCAUCCGCUAGCAAUAGCGUUAGCUAGGCACUACCACUACAAGUUCUACCACGCUGGACAGCAACUACUAGUAGCAACCCUUCGCGAAAGAUUCUGGCCAACGAAUGCGAACAGCUUGGCGAGAAAGGUCAUCCACGGAUGCAUUCCGUGUUUCCGAAGGAAACCAAAGGUCAUCGAUCAGCUUAUGGCUGAUUUACCAGUGGAGCGCGUCACUCCAUCAGCUCCAUUUUUGAAGGUCGGCGUGGACUACUGCGGACCUUUCCACAUCAGCUACCCCAACCGGAAAUCCAGCCCGGCGAAGUGCUACGUUGCAGUGUUUGUCUGCCUGUCGGUGAAGGCAAUUCAUCUAGAGCUCGUUGUGGAUUUGACGACUCAGGCAUUCAUUGCGGCUCUAAGACGCUUCGUCGCUCGACGAGGCCGACCACAGCCCAUCAUGUGCGACAACGCAACUACCUUUGUUGGUGCAAAUCGGGAGUUGAAGGAGCUCUGCAAGCAGAUGAACGACAGAAAAUUCCAAGAUUCCGUUAUCAAGGAAGCAGCGAACGAUGGCAUCGAAUUCAAGUUCAUCCCACCCCGGACGCCAAAUUUCGGUGGUCUGUGGGAGGCUCAAGUAAAGUCCUUCAAAACCCACUUCAAGAAAUCAGUAGGACUCCGAACGUUGAAGAACGACGAAAUGCUGACGGCUCUUGCCCAAAUCGAAGCGGUCUUAAACUCUAGACCGAUGACUGCUAUCAGCAGCGAUCCUACAGACUACGAGGCCCUAACCCCGGGGCAUUUUCUUGUGCAGCGUCCGCUAACUGCUGUAGCGGAUCGAACCUUCGACGAUGUCUCCAUCAACCACCUGAAGAUGUGGGAGCAAGCUCAGUCUCUCACCCAGCAGUUCUGGAAGAAGUACAGCACCCAGUACCUUUCUGAUCUGCAGAAUCGUGUCAAAUGGACGAAGAAGAAGGACGACAUCGCUGUGGGUACGAUGGUUCUUCUCAAAGAAGAGAACACACCUCCACUGAGGUGGCCACUUGGCAGAGUGGUAAAGGUGUUUCUUGGUACUGACGGGCAUGCUCGUGUUGUCACGGUACGUACCAAGGAUGGUAGCUUCGACAGAGGCAUCACCAAGGUCUGUCCCUUGCCUAUUUGAGACAAUGAAAAUUUGCAACAAAACUCCAAUCAAUAAGCACUCUACGAGUGCUUCGCCUCGGACCCCAUGGGUCACCUCGAUGAAGUCCAAAGAUCAUCCGUCAGUCUACAAUUGGUGAAAGGUCAAGUCUCGUCAAGUAUCGUCUGUGUAUGUCUGUCCAAGUCCCUCGUCUUGGUAAAGGGUAACACUGAAGCAAUUCAGUUCAGCAUGGGAGAUAGCAUUUACUCCCACUCCGGUGCACUGGGCAUCUGCGUUGGCCACUUGGUCAUCGCCAAGCAAAGCCAUUUCUAAUCUCUUCUGUGUCUUCGGUAGCACUACACUCGCUACCACCGCAUCCCCUGGAGACAGCCAUGGUACCAUCUCCAGGUCACCUCCCUCGUUUGGUUGGCAAUAGGCCCGGCCAGCUCUACCGUCAAUCGCUACGACCGAGGACAAGUUAGAAGCCUUCCACUGGAACCAACACCCGCAAGGCGUUACUCCAAGGAGAACUCUCAGGCACCACUACUGCCUUUGUGGGGAAAUCACCAAUCGAUGCACUUCAACCACCACCCCGGCGGCGGCCCGUACAAGACGAAGCCGUCCAAGAUGAUCCCCACUGAAGCAAGUGCAUCAACCGAUGCAACCCGACAGACGAGAAGAUCGACCACCAAUGAACCACGACGAGACGAAGAAGCAAACCCACAAGAUGAAGAGAAGAAGCUGCACCCGCAGGAUCCCGUCGCACGCGUACUCUGCAACCGCAGUACAACACGGUGUGACGACGAAACCGAGCAAGCCUACGAAGAAAUCCACGAAGAGAGUCGACUGAGGUCGACGAUACCACAUCCCAGAUGAGACCAGACCCGAAGAGCCGGUAACCCAUCGGCAAUGAUGACGUCAUCGAAGACGACAUACCCAACUCCGUGAUCCAAUAUCUUGUGAACUACAGUGAAUUACAAAAUUGUAUUCUUCUAAUUUGCCACUAUUAGUUAGAAUUAAGUACUUGAACUCCAAUUAUUAUAAACUAUGGCUAGAAGUAGAGUUUAUUUGAAACCAGCCGGUUUCAAAGGGGGCGGCAUGUUUGCGAACAACCGUCAAGUUUACCCCAAUUUGCGCUAAAACACUGUAUAACAGUUCCGAGGAGUACUCUCCUCUCAGUUAAUUCCCACCGAUCGUACACGAUCGCAGGUAGUCAGGAGAUAGAGUGAUAGAUAGAUCGAUCGCAACGAGAAAAUUUGAAAUACAGAUCCCCAGUUAGUGUACCACGAAGCUCGGUCCAAUAUAGUUGAUUUUUUCUAACCGCGAACCGCAGUCCAAACGUUUUUACUCGAGCGCAUCCGAAAGUGCAAGUGCAA